AUGGAGCAAGAUGAAGGCAAGGACAUUGUUGCACCGUCCACCAUCCAUCUUUGGCAUCUCUCGCGUCGCUACAAUCUCUCGGUCACGGUUCAAGCUACGGCAAUUCCCACAAUACACAAGCAAACCACCACGCACUCAUUUCUCAACGGAAAUCCCCGAUAUCCCAGAACGCCACGCUUAUCAACCACCCACAAUACAGCCGACCAGAUCGAGCGGCUCAUGCAAACAGACGGCUUCCGCAAAUGGGGGUUUGUCAUCUACCGGUGCACAUACGCCAACGACUCAGACUGGGACGCAUUUAUGGCGCGCAUCUACGGCGCUGUUAAGGAAUAUCUUGAGUACUCCAACGGCAUGGACAUAUUAGACUCCUUUGCGCCCACGGUUGUCCAGGACUGGGCAGCCUUCGAGGGCGCGACGACGGCUGUAGUUCGAGAGCACUUCGUCAACACUUGGGUGUUGGGUGUAUUUCCAGAGGAGAAUCCGGAUUUAGACAUAGAUAUUCCACGUAAUGCAGAAUCAGGGAGGUAUCGUUUCUUUAUCAUGGUGGACGAGGAGAGUCUGCGGCCUGUUCUGGAGGUUGAAGAGGACAGUAUUAAUCAUCCGGGCUUUGUUCGGCUAGUGCAGGCGGAUUGGGGAUCUAAAAGGUCCAACAUUGUUGAUGAAGAAAAGGAAGAGGAGGAAUUUGCGCCUGUACCGGGAUGGGACGAGUGCGAACCCCUGGAAGGCUGUGUCCUGCAGGACGUGGGCUGGAUGAACAUACUAUACGACCAUGUCGAGGCAAUGGGGUAUCCGAAUAUUAGGAUGUAUUGGGGGACUGGGAGGACCAUUACUGUCGGCCGCCCAAGAUUGUGUGGAUCUUCUUGGUCUCUUCUACGGUCUGAUAAUGCAAGCUCCGUACUCCCGUCUAAGAAUCCGAAGGCCGUUGUCAAGGCUGCACCCCCUGAAGCAGGAUACGUUGUUCCUGCAGAUUUGUGA